AUGAAGAAGUUUAUCGGCAAGGUCCAGGAGGGCAUCGACAAGCUCGACCUCGACAAAAAGGCAGGCGGCCUCACAGGCGGCCCCUCGUCGUCGUCGUCGCCGCCGUCGUCGGCAGCCGCGCCCGCGUCGCUCACUUCGAUCAACGCGCCCCCCUCGCAGCGCGACAUCUACCUCCACCGCAAGCAGAGGGGCGUCAACCUCGGCAGCUGGUUCUCGCUCGAAUCCUGGCUCACCCCUUCCCUCUUCCAAAAGGCGAAAGACCCCAAGGGCAGCGAGCUCGACGUCGUGCGCGGCAUGGACGCCGCAGAGGCAAAGUCGAUGCUCGAGGCGCACUGGGACAACUUCGUCAACGACGGCGACUGGCGCUGGAUGGUCGACCACGGCGUCAACACCGUCCGCAUCCCCGUCGCCUACUUCCACUUCCUCGCCGGCCACCCGGACCCCGCCGUGCGCUCCCUCCUCAAGGGCACCGACUUCGACAAGCACGCCUCGGUCUACGAGGGCGCCCUGCCGCGCAUCCACAACGCCAUCGAAAAGGCAAAGCAGCACCGCAUCGGCGUCCUCAUCGACCUCCACGGCGCGCCCGGCGCCCAAAACACCGACGGCCACUCGGGCGUCAGCACGGGCAAGGCCGCCCUUUGGGACUCGAGCAGCGACGUGAAAAAGACGGUCCAGAUCCUCGUCGCGAUGGCGACCGAGUACGCCAGGUACGAAAACGUCGUCGGCCUCGAGCUGCUCAACGAGCCCAAAAACACCAACAAGCUCCAAUCCUUUUACCAGGACGCCAUCGCCAGGAUCCGCGCCGCGUCCAGCGAAGCCGCCGCGCUGCCCCUCUACCUCGGCGACGCGUGGGACACCAACCACUAUACCGGCUUUGUCGGGCAGCAGGCGGGCGCGGGCAACUUCUUGGUGGCCGACUACCACCUCUACCGCUGCUUUACGCCGCAGGACCACUCGAUCCGGUGCGAGGAGCACGCGGCCAAGGUGCACCCGGGCAGCAGCCCGCGCCGCCACGACCGCGGCGACUGCGGCGACACGGCCGGCUGGCUGCAGUCGAUGUCGCACCGGUGCGGCCACUCGCUCAUCGUGGGCGAGUGGAGCGCCGCCCUCAACCCGGGCUCGCUCGGCCACCUGGGCUCGCCCGAGGAAAAGAAGCGCGCCAAGACGGCGUGGGCGCACAACCAGUGGCUCUCCUACGACAAGUUCUGCGCCGGCUACUUUUUCUGGACGCUCAAAAAGGAGGGCGGGCCGGACACGGGCUGGUGCUUUUACACGGCCGUCGAGCGCGGGGUGCUGCCGCCGCACCUCGACCCGCACCGCGGUCGGCGUCGGUCGCCGGCCGACAUGGAGGCGCAGAUGGCGGGGGCGCAGCAGCAGGCGUCGGCGGGCCACGAGGCCUACUGGAACAAGCAGGGCGACGCGUCCAAGUACGAGCACUGGCGCUUUGCAGAGGGCUUCGCCACGGCAUGGAGGGACGCCGUCGAGUUUGCAAAGCAGAGCGCCGACAACGAGAUCGGCUUCGAUGGGCAGUGGAAAAAGGACAGGGUCGAGGCGCACCGUCGGGAAAAGGGCCAGGGCAGCAAGAUGGUGUGGCAGUUUGAGCACGGCUUCGAUCAGGGCCUCGCCGCUUUCAACGCCGCCCUCGUCGCUUCGUAG